AUGCGGCGCCUGUUUGGUGCGCUCAAGGCGCAGGGGACAGGGGCUGUGCGUGCGGAGGAGUACCAUGCGCGUAUGGCCAAGUUUGCUGGCGAGCUGAAGGAGGAGCUGGAGCGUGCGGUGCAGAAGAAGAAGCUCCGUGCGACGGUCAAGGUGGCCAUCCGGGAAAUGGUGGUGUACUUUGUGUUUCUUACAGUCUUCUCGUUUGUGGUCCUCGGAGCGCGUGACCCGCUGUACUCGUUCCAGUACAAUGAGUUUAUGAAGGACUUGUUUCUCGCCGAGGAGUUCCCCGAGCCGGACAUCUACAAGACCUUUUAUGAUGUGGCGACGUUUGAAGAGUUCUGGGAGUUUAUGCAUGAUGUCUUUGUACCGGCGCUGUUUGCGGAUCAGGGCGGCUUUGGUGAGGGCUACAUCUACGGACAGAACGUUCUAGUCGGCGCUGUCCGUUUGAGGCAAGUCCGCGUCUCGCGUGGUCACUGCCAGCCGGAAGGGCCUUUUGGCCGAGUCAUCACCUCAAACGAGUGCUUUGCCCGCUACUCGCGGAGCCUCGGCGAUACGGCGAGGUUUGGCCCCGAGCAGCAGUUUGUGUACUCGUCGGCCAAGGAGCUGGACACGGUGCCGCAGCUGGCGCGGCUGCAGCUGUUUGAGGGCGGCGGGUACGUCGAGUACUUUCCGGCCUCGCUACAGCAGGACGAGCAUGCGCAGCACAUGCGGGAUUUGGAGAACGGGACGUUUGUGGACUUGCAGACACGGGCGCUGUUCAUCGACUUUACGACGUACAACACCAACGUCAACCUGUUCCACGUCGCGCAGCUGACGUUUGAGUUUCUGCCGUCGGGCGGCGUCUUUCCCUCGGCCACGUUUCGGGUCAUGCGGCUGUACAAGUACAACAACGACGUGUCGGGCACCAUCCAGUUUGUGCUCGAGAUGAUCCUCAUCAUCAUGGUGCUCGGGUACUUUGUUGAGGAGGUGUGGGAGCUGUAUGACACCGGGUGCUGGGAGUAUUGGCACAAUCUGUGGAACGUCAUCGACUGGAUCAAUCUCCUCCUCUUCCUCGCAGCCUUUUGCGUUCGCAUUGCCCUGGUAGCCACGUUUGAGAAGAUGAACCUCGAUCCGCGGGCGACGACGCGGUUCUACAACUUUCAGACGCUCGUCCUCCUCAACUCGGCAGAGAACAACAUCCUGGCGUCGAACGCGUUUAUCCUCUGGUUCAAGGUCUACAAGUACACCAAGUUUUUCCCGCCGAUGCGGACGGUGUCGGACACGAUUGCGCGGUCGAUCCAGAACACGAUUGGUUUUGUGGCCGUCGUCAUGUUUGUCCUCUUUGGCUUUGCGCAAGCUGGUGUCCUGGCCUUUGGCUCGGACGUGGAAGACUUCCGGUCGUUCAUCGACACCUUUUACACGCUCCUCCGCCUCCUGCUCGGCGACUUUGACUUUGAGACCAUGCAGUACUCGAACCGAGUCUUUGGCCCGCUCUACUUUCUGUUCUUUAUGGUUGUCGUCUUCUUUGUCAUGCUCUCCAUGUUCCUCGCCAUCCUCAACGACUCGUACCUGCAGGUCCAAGCCGAGAACAAGGCCCGGUCCGAGAAGGAGCUCAACGUGGUGGAGGCCUUCCGCGACUGGGUCAACGCCCGCACCGCUUUUCUCCGCAAGCGGCAGGAACGCAUCCGCGACUUUUCCGAGAACAUUCGCACCGCCGACGCCAACGCCGACGCCGUCCUCGAUCUCGACGAGCUCCGCCAGGUCUUCAACAUGUACGAGGACGAGGCCCGCGAGCUGCUUGGGGUCAACUCGGCCGAGGAGUUGCUAGCUCGCUUUGACGUCGACGGCAACUCGGUCCUCGACGCUGAGGAGCAGGCCCGCCUCGUCCGCGCCAUCGAGCAGUGGAACUCGCGCGCCCAGGCCGAGACCGACCAAAUUGUCGAACUCAACGAGGACAUCGACGACCCGACCGUGGCCGGCGUCGACCGGCAGAUCGCGCUCUACAUGGCCGCCCUCAAGCAGGACAUGCGGGUCUUUGCCCGUCUCGAGACCACCGUCGAGCGCAACUUGCUCGCCCUUCUCGACGCCUCGGGCAUCGGCCGCGACGCCUACCUCAACGAGAUGGGCACGACCUCGUACUCGAGCGAAGACUAA